AAAACCAAGUGAUCAUACCUGGGUUGCGUGAAUGUUUAUGUUUCGCGGUUGUGAACUUUAACCCAGACACAACCUUCAUCGGCGACUUCUAACAGUGUUACAGAUUAGCUUAAUAACACUGGGCUUUCGGCAAUGGCAUCAACAUCACUGGCAGCAUCAACUUGGCACAGAUUAUCUCUACAGCCUCUCACUGACACUUGGCAAUGUCUCAACAGUCUAAAAAACUUAGCUGUUGUGGUUCGCAGAUUACAACACCAUUCUCAACCAGCGCGGCCGUCUAUUUCUUCACAGCCAUCGGUUUUGGCGCUAGAUUCCAAAUCCCUUGCUGGGAAUUCCAGAUCUGUGACACGUCAGCUAAGUAGACAGCAGAAAAAGUUUUUGGCAUGCCACAGGAGUGCUGGUGUUGUAUCCUUAGAUUGUAGACGCAGUUUUGCAACAGAUAGUGCGUCAGUGAAGAUUAAGGAACAGCCAAUGACAAGUAAUUUGAAGCAGGUUGCUGUUCCAGUUGCUGAAGAAUUAUUUUCUAAAGAUUCCCAAUUUAAAGGACUUGACACCAGCUUCCCCUGUCUGGCCAGAGCAAAGAACACAGGCCCAGAGCCAGAGUAUGACAACAUCACAAAAGGCUACAAGCUAUUCUCCUCCCACAAACCUUUCUCACUGAAAAUAAAUAACGGUGUUUUACCAAAGCUGGACGUUGCCUAUGAAACCUGGGGAAAAUUGAAUGAGGACAAGUCCAAUGCUGUGGUUGUCUUGGCUGGGUUGUCAGCCAGCUCGCAUGCCCGGAGUUCGGUGGACAACAUGAAGCCAGGCUGGUGGGAGAAGUUUAUUGGCCAUGGCUGCGCUAUCGACACGAACAAAUUUUUUGUCAUUUGCCCCAACAACCUAGGAGGGUGCUACGGGACUUCGGGACCUUCAUCAAUCAACAUCUGCAAUAAUAAGCCCUAUGCAACGACUUUCCCAAUUAUUGGAAUCGAAGACAUGGUCAAUGCAAUUUUCUUGCUGCUUGAUGACCUUGGCAUUGACCGGCUGCACAGCUGUGUGGGUUCUUCCCUUGGUGGGAUGUUGUCUCUGCAGUCAGCUGUUUCGUUCCCUGAUCGAGUCGGGAGGUUCGUCACCAUUUCAUCCUGUGCCCAGUCCCACCCCUCCUCUAUCGCCAUGCGCUACCUGCAGCGGAAAUGCAUCAUGUGCGACCCCAACUGGAACAAUGGACACUACUACGGCAAGGCAUACCCAAAGACUGGCAUGAAACUGGCGAGAGAGAUAGCAACGAUCACAUACAGGAGCGGACCAGAGUGGGAUGAGAGGUUUGGCCGUAACAGAAUCAGCGAUGAGCCGCCAUCUUUGUGCCCCACUUUCCUCAUCGAGUCAUACCUGGAGCACCAGGGGGAGAGUUUCAGCACUAAAUAUGACCCGAACUCUCUCCUCUACAUGUCCAAGGCUAUGGAUAUGUUUGAUAUUGCCGAGGGUUAUGGUUCUUUGAAUGAAGGUUUGUCCAGAGUUAAGUGCCCUGUCAUGGUGAUUGGUGUGCAGACGGAUAUCUUGUUCCCAAUCUGGCAACAGAGGGAGCUGGCAGCUGCUCUACAGGCAGCAGGUAACCAACAGGUAACCUUUUAUGAGCUAAACUCUCUAUAUGGUCAUGACACAUUUCUUUUGGACUUAAAUGGAGUUGGAGCAGCCAUUAAGGGUUUCUUGGAAACAGAGCAACGUGAGACUGGAAUCUUGAGCAAACAUAAGAGUCGCAACAAGGAGAGAAAACUCUUCUAGAACUGAACACCAAAACAGCUUAAAAUAAUUUCAACCUAGUAAUGCUCAUGGUUGAGGUCAUCCUUUGACGAGAAUCUCUUGGUCUAAUUGUUGGGUUGUCUCCCCUUCUUAUUUGGAAUGGCAAAAAUGUUAGAAAAAGUAAAAUAAAUUAAGGAAAAACGUCAGUGUUUUAUCUUACCCUGGUUAUGGAAAUAUUAAGUUUGUUUAUAAAAAUUCAGAAACUGUUUUAUUUUUUAUUUUUCUGAUUAAUAUUAUGGUUGUAGUUAACUAUGAACAAAUUUUGUGUGUUGCAACCUGUUGCUUUUCUGAGUUUUUUCAUCAUUUAAGUUGUGAUUAAACACCUCAAUUGAAAUUAAAUAUGAAA